CAAAUAUUCUCAAUGUUUUUCUGCUUUUAUUUUCUUCGUGUGCAGGAUCUGCCAGGCUUCGCUCCCGUUUGGCCUUGUGAAAACAUAGCCAUAACAUGGCCACACUGUAGCCAUAGCCGCUGCCGCUUGCGGACGCCAGUUUCGGUGUCGCGAAAAGUUUUUAGCUGGUGAGCAUGGGUGAGCCCACACAAGACCCGUAGAACUGUAUGUCUAAUGAUGUGACUGGAAGCCCACAGUAUUCCGUGACCCCUUUGGCAGCGCAUCGACUGAUUCGUCUACAUUGCAAAGUUUUCUGUAGCUUUGCUUUCGUGCCGCUCGAACUUCUCGGGGACGCACCAGGGAGGCAAUGCCGGCCGCGCAGAGCGUGCGCAUGGUAGGAGCUGCGGCAGCAUGUCGACUGCCGCCGAUGCCGUCGGCGCGCGACCUUCUACGCAUCUACGGCAUCCGCGCAAUGCGCAAGUUGUCCCAAAACUUCCUGCUUGACCCCAAGUUGGCCAAGAGACUGGUGCGCGCUUGCGGCAGCGUGCGCGGUAAGCACGUCAUCGAGGUAGGACCCGGGCCUGGGUGUCUCACCAGACCCCUACUAGAGCGCGGAGCACGGCGGGUCGUGGCCAUCGAGAAGGACAAUCGAUUCGCCCCUACGCUGGAUAUCCUGUCUGAAGCCAGCGAGGGCCGACUACAGGUGGUGCUGGGUGACAUCUUUCACCAGCAUUUGCAGGAGUUCAUACCAGAGGAGCUAGGUGUGCCAUGGGACUCGGAUGACAUACCCGAGGUCUGCCUGGUGGGCAACCUGCCGUUCAGUGUUGCCAGCCCACUUCUGGUGAGCUGGCUGAGGCAGAUAUCACUACGUGAAGGCCCCUUCCAGCGUGGGCGUGUGCCUCUGAGCCUGACCUUUCAACUGGAGGUGGCCGAGCGCAUUGGUGCCCCCAUCCUGGACCCACAGCGGUGCCGUCUCUCCAUUCUCUGCCAGAACUACUGCACCACCCAGCACAGGCUUACGCUCAAUGGAAGUAGCUUUGUGCCUCCCGCAGCUGUGGACGUUGGGCUGGUGCGACUGGUGCCAUUGAAGGAGCCGCUCAUUCGGCAUCCCUUUGACCUGAUUGAGAAAGUCAUCAAUGGCCUCUUCAAUGGCCGCCAGAAAGUGCUCACAAACGGUGCAAAGAACCUGUUUCCCCGUGACCGCGCAGAAUUGGUGCCGCGCCUCGUAAAGUUGGCCGACGUUGAUCCCACAACGAGGAUCCUCCAGUUGACUGUGGAAGAGAUUGGACGCCUGUGCGACGUCUACGAACAGUUUUGCUCGGAGGAGCCCGAACUGCGACGGUACCACUUCAGGCUGGGACGCUGACAGUGCCCGCCUGUAGGAACAAAUGGUUCUUGGUGAACGCAGAGGAAGAAUUCAAUCAUUUGCAGCGCUUGUCGAAGUGCGUUGCAGUUCGUCUCAUUCACCAUUGUGUUGACAUGUAGUCAGUGGCGUAGCCAGGUGGGGGGGGGGGGGGGCAUACUGGGCACGACCCCCCUCCCCCCCCUAAAGUUUCUGUCAGUAUGUGGCCUGCCCAGUCUCCACUCCCACCCACCACACCCUCCUCGUCCCUGGUCAAUUGCUCCCGCCGGGAAAAAAAAAAUUCUGGCUGCGCCACUUCAUGCAGUUGUAGCCAUAGGGUUUCAUUCAAACGGCGAAUUUCGGUGGUUGAUACGGAGCAGUAUUUGUUCUAUACUGGUUGAGUCAGAGUGGCUGUACAUUUUUAAUUUGCUAUUUUCAAUUGCCUCGCUCCGCAAUGGAUUGCUCCCUCUCACUCAGCCGUUUAGGCACGGAUUCAGCCAAAAGUUCUAGAACGUGCCGUACCUUCCGCUGGCUGCGUGUGAAAACUGCUGGGGUGGUCGAGCAUAGAGCACAAUGUUUUCCUCUGGCAGAUAGGGAUUUAUGAAAUGUGAGUGGAAUUCAAGUGCUUGAUUGAUAACUCAUGUUUUGCUUCAUAAACGAUCUGUGAAAUUCACUACAAGAUUACUGGAGGGAAGCCUGAUGUGGCAGUUAUUGAACCACUGUGACGAAUCAUGGGUAGGUUAUAGAGUUUUGUACGGUUUGGCAUAAAUUUGUAGAAAAGGCACAUAGUGGCUUUUUUAUAGUUCUUUAUAGUUAAGAUGUGUUGCAUGAUAGUCUCAAGUUUCUUUAUGGCAGUUGAGCAUUUUAUGUUCACUACUUUCACUACUCGGUAAUCUCCAAUGCAUAAAUUAAUGGCGACACUAGGGAGUAUCUGUGUUGCUAAAUCUAAAUACAGUCAACGUCCGAUUUUUCAGACCCCCUAGGGGUCGCGAAAACGUCCGAAAAAUCGGGCAAUCCGAAAAAGUGAAUGCUCGCAUUUUACUGCCCCUACAGGCUCAAAUCGCCGCAGACAUGUCAGCAACAGUUCUAAAUGCCUGCCAGUAUAGUUGUUAGCCGUAUCGGUGCUCGUACUAUGAUAUGAGACGGCAGGUUUCUGCGUGUAUAAUUAAGGAAAACAUACCUUGGCCCGUGACUGUUGCCCCUUCCCACACUUGAUAUGCUUCGCCGCAAUACAUCGCGUAUGUUUCACCGCGUAACAAUGUUGUAUAAAGGCGAAGCUGACUUUUGGGAACCGGUAUUAUGCAACGCGCCAUGCUUUCCGAGAUUCAAAUAUUGGCGAAAAUUACAAAGGCGGAGUCGGCGCCAUUACUAACAGCGGCGAAUUGUUUUAAUGAAAUACAUGCCACCGAAGAAUAAGAAGCUUGGUAGCGAACGUCGAAGUUGCUAGGCCUAGCGUUGCCGUGGUGACUCCCAGCGGAUCUGCGUGUGAAAGCGCCGGUUCGAGGCGGCGAGAUAAUCAAAAUGGCUGUGGUGGUGGCUUCGGUUAAUGCUGUUUCAGACCUGUGGACUGCGGUCCUGUUAAAAAGUCCGGAAUAUCGAAUGGCGAAGGUUUUUCGCGUCUGAAAUUUCAGACGUUUUUAUACAUUGACUCUAUGGUAGUACGUGGCGGUGCCGCAAAGGCGUCCGAAUUAUCGGGCACGUCCGGAAAAUCGAUCGUCGACUGUAUUCGGUAACAAUCAUCAUGGAUAAUUAUUUAUAAACAAUUAUUUUUGUUUGCAAUGUUCUCAAGACCAUCAGAUGGUUGAAAUUAGACCCUGAAUUAGACUAAUUAUUGUCAUGCAGCAAAUUCGUGAUGAUAAAUUAGCUGUUAGAAAGCUAAGGUAAGAAUUCACAAUGCAAAGAUGGGGUAAGGCAUGCAGACACGGACACAAGAAAAUAGAAGUGGACAAUACGAAUGGCGGCAUUCGUGUUGGUCACUUCUCUUGUGUCCGUGUCUGCAAGCCUUACCCCUUCUUUGCAUUAUGAAUCCUUACCGACUAGCUCAGCUUUCUGAUGUUCUAAGAAUUCGCAAAACUGUUUGAAGCCAGAAGGACAAAAGUCAGGUAAAUUCGUGUGCUGGCUGUAAUUUGCAUGCUCGAUGUGCGUUCCUGUCGGUUCAGACACUAGUUCCAAAUUUCCCUCUAGUAAUCUUAGCACGAAGCAUUGCAACUGAAGUUAUGUGCCUGUCCACUGUACACUGCGUAUAGGUUACCUCAGUUUCCUCUUGAACUGCUUGUACGACCCUGUGCAACAGAUGACAGCUGAAUGUUUUGUUACACUGUAGAGAUAGUAGCAUCAACAAGAUAGGAAAUGCAAAAUGUGACUGUGCCCCUCUGACACAUCAGACAAGUGUUCCUGAAGUGUGUGUGUGCGUGGAAAACUUUACUGUAGAAGCGUGAAAAUAACGGAAAGGAAAAGUGAAGUGAUAAAAAUUGUUGGAUGCUG